AUGGCCGGAUUCAACUCCACAAAUACCACAAUAGCCGCCGCCAACAACAACAACAAUAACAACAAUACGAACAAAGUUCAGGCUAAAAAGUCACCGACGCCGCGUAGAUUCGUCGGCGUGAGGCAACGUCCGUCGGGGAGAUGGGUCGCCGAGAUCAAGGACUCGUCGCAACGCGUCCGCCUCUGGCUCGGCACCUACGACACCCCCGAGGAGGCCGCCCGGGCCUACGACGAGGCCGCGCGCGCCCUCCGCGGCGAGAAUGCGCGCACCAACUUCUCCUCGCCCGGCCCGAGCCCGAACCCGAACCCGAACAUGGACCCGAACCGGGCCGUUUCGCCGGCGGAGAGCGACGGCCGGCACGGGCUGAGCUUCUCCUCCCUGAAGGCGAAGCUGAGCAAGAAUCUGCAGAACAUCAUGGCGAGGAACACGGAGAGCAAGGCGUCGUCGAAGAGCAGAGUGAGCGACCACUUCACCUUCGCCAGCAUCUUCCACUGCAGAGGCGGCUACCACCACCACCACCACCAAUACGGCGGCGGCGACAUCAAGAAAAUCGAGAAGUCGGUGCAGCCAAGCGUGAUCGUGCCGCAUGUCGUCUGCCACGAGGGCGCGUCGCCCUCGUGGGAGACGUCGAGCAUCUCCGACUACAGCGGCGAGUGGCAGGGGUUCCGGCACCCCGCCCUCGACUCCGACGGGUCGGAGAUGAGCUUGAACGAGCAGACGGCGAUGGGGUGGAUCAGCAGCCCGGAAGUGAUGAGUGGCGGCGGUGGAGAAGGUUCUAGAAGCAAAAGAUUCAAGGUUUCUUCGUCUGUUUUAGUCCCACCUACGUUUACUGAAUCUCCAGCACACAGUGAAUGGUGA